AUGGCGUCAUGUAUGACAUUAAAACGUUCGUUUGAUCACGAUCGAGAUUCUAAUACUAAUUCAACUCCAUAUGAAUCAAGGACACCAUCAUCAAAACGUCAACGUCGUUGUUUUCCAAUGACAGUUGUUUCAUCAACUAAUGAAACAACAACAGAAAUAUCAUUUGGAAAUCAAUCAGUAUUUCCUGAUGUUCAACCAAUUUUAACAGCUGAUAUUUUAUUAACACGAAUAAAAGAAGAAGUACGUCGUCUUCAACGACGUCAUCAAUUAAAACCAUCUUCAUCGGAUUUACCGGAUGAUGAUAAUCAUCAUACAACUGAUUCAACAUCAUUAAGUAAUUUACCUGGACAUUCAUCAUCAAAUAGUCAACAUCUUUUAACACUUAAACAAGUUAAUAUGAUAUGUGCUCGAUUAUUAAAAGAACGUGAAGAAAAAAUACGUGAAGAAUAUGAUCAAAUUUUAUCAAAUAAACUUAAUGAGCAAUAUGAAGGUUUUGUUCGAUUUACACAAGAUCAAUUAACACGACGGUUUUCUGAAUUACAAUUUUCUUAUGUUUCAUAA